CCACAACACCCUUCGCACAUCGCCCCAGACGUGCACGGGAUGCACCCGCGAGGCCUCUGCAGCUCCCGAGGCAGUUACACCACCCAUUGAGCUCUUGAUACCCUUUGAUACCCUUGAUACCCUCGAUACCCCCUUCCCGCCCGCUCCCACGCCCUCCCGCUCACCGCCAUGGCGAAAGGAGAGCUCUUUGCGUUCGGCACGGCGGCGGCUGCCCUCGGCGGCGCAUACAAGCUCAGCGAGUUCCUGUAUAAGGCGAAGCGCUUGCGUGAUGUCGGUCCCUCCAACGCUGUCUACGUGCGCAUCAUCGGCCGUGUGCGCUCCGACCUCGACGAAGUGAGGCGCCUGCUGUCCGUCCGCGAAGUCCACGAUGCCCUCGAAUCCAACCCAGAGAAGUCCAAGUGGGUCUACGGCUGCAUGCGUGACGUGCGCGGGGCCCUGGAGAAUAUCACGCCGCACACAGAGCGCGUCGGUGGUGAUAUCGAGGAGGGCCGCCGUGUUGGUGUCCGUCACCGUGUCUACUGGCUGCUCAGCGAGAAGGAGAAGCUGGAGAACAGGGAGAAGGAGCUCGCCAUCGCCCAUGCCAGUCUGACCGAGGUCAUUGGCUUCCUGUCAGGCCUCGAGCCGAUCGAGGCGCCCAAGCAGAAGCACCAGAAGGAAGAGAAGACCAGAGACACCCACAUCGACAUCGACAUCAGACGUGAGGCCCCCACCAAGCACACCGAGCACGUCAAGCGCGACGUCUGGAUCGAGCGUGAUGGCCCUGUUCCCCCUCGCUAUGAGGAGCGCCGCGACAUCUACAUCGACGAGCGCGGCCCGCGACACUUCGACGACCGCGGCGACCAACACCAGCGCGAUCUCGACUUUGAGCGCUACGACCCCGCCGACCCACGCUACCAGCAACACACCACCGAGCGCUUCGAGCAGCACGACCAGUACGAGCGCCGCGCCCCUCACCCAGAUGACCGCCACUACGCCCAGGCGCCUCUCGGCCGCCGUCCAGAGUCAUUUGAAGACCGCGUCCCCGAGCGCGACAGCUGGAUGCAGAGCUCUGCAAACCACGGCUACGGUCCGUACGGCGCGCAACAAUACCAACGUAGGUUCCGGGGCGACGCCGGCUUUGGAGAUGAAGAAGUGCUGAACCCGCAACCAGUGCCUCCCAACCAGCAAUACUCCGAGCGCGAGGUGUGGGUCGAGGAGAAAGAAGAUUAUCGGUUCGACGAGUACGGAAACAGAUUGCCUGACAGGUACUUCAGACCUGAAUAUGCGUCUGUGCCUAGGCCGUACAAGAGCAGGAUGUAGAUAUG